CUAGAUGUAUUAACCAGCUCUAACAGCCCGCACGUGUUUACUUGUUGUGUGGGAUUUCAUUUCUUGGUUUUACAUUAGAAAACGUUGAUUUUUAACAGAUACAAAGAUGCCGCGCUCCAAACGUGAUAAGAAAGUUUCUUUAACCAAAACCGACCGCAAGGGUCUGGCUUGGAAACAGCGAAUCGUGGACGACAUUCGCUUUUGUGUUGGCAAAUAUCCCAAUAUUUUCGUUUUCCAAGUCCAAAACAUGAGAAAUAGCCUGCUUAAAGAUCUCAGGCAGGAGUGGAAAAAGAACUCUCGGUUUAUCUUUGGCAAGAAUCGCGUGAUGCAGAUCGGUUUGGGACGCACCAAAAGCGAGGAAGUGGAGUCGGAUUUGCACAAGCUAUCCAAGCGUUUGACCGGCCAAGUGGGUCUGCUCUUCACGGAUAAAUCCAAGAAGGAAGUUCUGGAGUGGGCCGAAAAUUACUGGGCUGUGGAGUAUGCACGCAGCGGCUUUGUGGCCACGGAAACGGUUAACCUGUCAGCUGGUCCCUUGGAGGACUUUGCCCACUCCAUGGAGCCGCAUCUGCGAUCACUGGGCCUGCCCACCAAGCUGGAGAAGGGAAUCGUCACCCUGUAUGGUGACUACACAGUCUGCGAGGAAGGCAAAGUACUGACGCCCGAGCAGGCGAGAAUCCUCAAGCUGCUGGGCAAACCCAUGGCUAAAUUCCGGCUGACCAUGAAGUGCUCGUGGACCAAAAGCGAGGGAUUCCAGCUGCACGUCGAGGAUGAUGUGAACGAUGAGGAACAGGCUGAUAGCGCCAUGGAAGAGGACGCAGAGGCUAUGGAGGACAACGACGACGAUGAUGACGAAGAGGAGGACGAUGAGUAAAUUAGUUUUAGGCGUAGAAUUAAUUUUUUAUGUAUAUAUCAAGUACAGAAAAUAUAUAUACGUGUAUUUUUACAUUA